AUGCAAGCCCAUUGUUAAGAGAAGGAAGCUCUAGCUGAUAUCUUUGGUCAUAUAAAAGAUGUAGAUGAGCAAAUGUUUGGUGUCAUAUUAGAAAAAUUAAGAAAGGAAAAAGUUGAAGACAUCAUUGGAUAUCUUUCAGAAAACGUGAAUCAAAGGCAAUUAGAAUUAUAUAUCUAACAACAAGCAGAGAAAAUCGCCCAAGCUAAUAAAAAAUAGAAAUUUUCUCUUAUUGGAAAUGACAUGAAAUAAAUUACAGAUGUCUUAAAAAAAUUAAAAGAUCAUGACUUCAACUACAAAGACUUUUCCUCUGAACAAAAUGAAGAAUCUACAUUAUUUCUAAUUAAUAUCAUCAAAGAUAAUAGAAGAAUCAUUGAAUUUUUGUAAUUUUUAGUUCACCUUACAUCAAUAGAUUACACUUUAAUAUAAUGUGGAUCUAAUUCAUUACAUAUUUUAGUUUAAAUUAAGGUGGACCUUAGUAAUAAAAGUUUUGAAAAUAUUAAGAUUUAAAAUACAUCUAUAGUAGGAGCUAAUUUUUGUAGAUGUAAUUUAAGUGAAUCAUAAUUUAAUAAUGUCAAUAUAAGUGGAAUAAAUCUAAAUGGAGCAUAAUUAUUUCAUUGUAAAUGGAAGUACUUAAGAAUCCAAGAAUUAAAUAUAUUACAUGGUCAUAGUGAUUAAGUAAGAUCAAUUUGUUUUUCUCCUGAUGGAAAAACAUUAGUUUCUGGAGGUGGUGAUUGCUCUAUCCGUCUAUGGGAUGUAAAAACUGGAUAGUAAAAAGCCUUAAUAGAUGGUCAUACUAGCACUGUCAAUUCAGUCAGUUUCUCUUCAAAUGGAAAUAUAUUAGUUACUGGAUAUGAAAAUGGCUCUGUCGUAUUAUGGGAUGAUAAAACAAGAAAGAAAAGAGCAAAAUUAGAUGGUCAUAUUGGCAAUGUACUCUCGGUUUGUUUCUCUCAUGAUGGAAAAACAUUAGCUUCUUGUAGUAGUGAUAAUUCUAUCCGUCUAUGGGAUGUCAAAACAGGAUAAUAAAAAUCCAAAUUAGAUGGUCAUACUAGUACUGUCUGGUCAGUCUGUUUCUCUCCUGAUGGAAAAACAUUAGCUUCUUGUAGUAGUGAUAAGUCUGUCCAUCUAUGGGAUGUCAAAACAGGAUAAUAAAAAGCCAAAUUGGUUGGACAUAAUAGUACUGUCUACUCAGUCUUUUUCUCUCCUGAUGGAAAAACAUUAGCUUCUUGUAGUAGUGGUAAGUCUAUCCGGCAAUGGGAUGUCAAAACAGGAUAAUAAAAAGCCAAAUUAGAUGGUCAUACUAGUACUGUCUACUCAGUCUGUUUCUCUCCUGAUGGAAAUACAUUAGCUUCUGGUAGUAAUGAUAAGUCUAUCCGUCUAUGGGAUGUCAAAACAGGAUAAUAAAAAGCCAAAUUAGAUGGUCAUACUAGUACUGUCUACUCAGUCUGUUUCUCUCCUGAUGGAAAUACAUUAGCUUCUGGUAGUAAUGAUAAGUCUAUCCGUCUAUGGGAUGUCAAAACAGGAUAAUAAAAAGCCAAAUUAGAUGGUCAUACUAGUACUGUCUACUCAGUCUGUUUCUCUCCUGAUGGAAAUACAUUAGCUUCUGGUAGUAAUGAUAAGUCUAUCCGUCUAUGGGAUGUCAAAACAGGAUAAUAAAAAGCCAAAUUAGAUGGUCAUACUAGUACUGUCUACUCAGUCUGUUUCUCUCCUGAUGGAAAUACAUUAGCUUCUGGUAGUAAUGAUAAGUCUAUCCGUCUAUGGGAUGUCAAAACAGGAUAAUAAAAAGCCAAAUUAGAUGGUCAUACUAGUACUGUCUACUCAGUCUGUUUCUCUCCUGAUGGAAAUACAUUAGCUUCUGGUAGUAAUGAUAAGUCUAUCCGUCUAUGGGAUGUCAAAACAGGAUAAUAAAAAGCCAAAUUAGAUGGUCAUACUAGUACUGUCUACUCAGUCUGUUUCUCUCCUGAUGGAAAUACAUUAGCUUCUGGUAGUAAUGAUAAGUCUAUCCGUCUAUGGGAUGUCAAAACAGGAUAAUAAAAAGCCAAAUUAGAUGGUCAUACUAGUACUGUCUACUCAGUCUGUUUCUCUCCUGAUGGAAAUACAUUAGCUUCUGGUAGUAAUGAUAAGUCUAUCCGUCUAUGGGAUGUCAAAACAGGAUAAUAAAAAGCCAAAUUAGAUGGUCAUACUAGUACUGUCUACUCAGUCUGUUUCUCUCCUGAUGGAAAUACAUUAGCUUCUGGUAGUAGUGAUAAGUCUAUCCGUCUAUGGGAUGUCAAAACAGGAUAAUAACAAGCCAAAUUAGAUGGUCAUAGUGAUAAUGUUAAAUCAGUCUGUUUCUCUCCUGAUGGAAACACAUUAGCUUCUGGUAGUUAUGAUAACUCUAUCCGUCUAUGGGAUGUCAAAACAGGAUAAUAAAAAUUCAAAUUAGAUGGUCAUACUCAUUAUGUCUAGUCAGUCUGUUUCUCUCCUGAUGGAAAUACAUUAGCUUCUGGUAGUAGUGAUAACUCUAUCCGAUUAUGGGAUGUAAAGGCAGGAUAAGAAAUUAAAUCCUCUGAUAAAAACUACAAAGAUAUUCUUGCAUAAUUUAAGAUUCCACUCUAAUAAAAUUAUCCAUUAUAAGAAGGUAAUAUUAAUUUUUUUUGAAAUUUUAGCAUCCAAUUACAUCACUACACUCCUAAUAUCUUAAUCCGCUAUUUUCUAAGCAUAAGGAGCACUUGUUCUCAAAGGAGAAUUCAUUAAUCAUCAAGGCAUUGAUUUGAGACCUUUAUUCAAAUCCAAAGGUAGUUGCAUUUUAGAAGACCUUAAGUAAAAGUGA